UGAAGAUUUCCAGGAAGCAGCUCAUCCGUGUGUUAGUGUUUGGUGUCCAGGUGUGGAGCGGAGCUGCUUCUUCUUCUUCUGCUCUGUUUGCAGAAACUGUGAAGGUAGAAAGUGUGUGUGAGCUGAUGUGAAUUCAGCAGCAUGGAUCAGUGUGAGGACAGAGAGGAGGGAGUCCCUCCCUCUAAAACCACUCUGUGUGGGGAACAUGAGAGCCAGACCAAAGCUCAGAGGAACCAACCUGAACCUGAACCCAGCUGUGUGUCCUUAAAGAGUGACCGGUCUGCAGAGCGCUUCAUUGAAUUUAAAUGCCAGCAGGCGUCUGCUGCAGAGAGAGUGGACCAGAAGAGCUCAGAGGAUCUGAGUGGUCAGCCUGCCCAGCAGCGUCAAACACACCUGGACUCCAUAUUUAUGCUGCUGGAGGACAACAUCAUCACUUUUGUGAAGAACGAGCUGAAGAAGAUCCAGAAGCUUCUGAGUCCAGAUUACCCAGAAUGCUUAGAGAUUCAGAGGUGGGAUGAGGAGGUGUUGGAGGGUGAGGAUGAAGAGCAAAGGAGGAGCAACAGAGAGGCAUUUGUGAAGAUCACACUCAACUUCCUUCGGAGAAUGAAGCAGGAGGAGCUGGCUGAGCAUCUGCAGAGCAGCUCUCUCAUUGGAGCUUUUCAACAUCAUCUUAAAUCUGUCUUGAAGAAGAAGUUCCAGUGUGUGUUUGAGGGCAUCGCUAAAGCAGGAAACCCAACCCUUCUGAGUCAGAUCUACACAGAGCUCUACAUCACAGAGGGAGGGGCUGCAGAGGUCAAUGAUGAACAUGAGGUCAGACAGAUUGAAACAGCAUCCAGGAAACCAGACAGACCAGAAACAACAAUCAGACAAGAAGACAUCUUUAAAGGCUCACCUGGAAGAGAUGAACCAAUCAGAACAGUGCUGACAAAGGGAGUGGCUGGCAUUGGGAAAACAGUCUUAACACAGAAGUUCACUCUGGACUGGGCUGAAGACAAAGCCAACCAGGACAUCCAGUUCAUGUUUCCAUUCACUUUUAGAGAGCUGAAUGUGCUGAAAGAGGAAAAGUUCAGCUUGGUGGAACUUGUUCAUCACUUCUUCACUGAAACCAAAGAAGCAGGAAUCUGCAGCUUUGAAGACUUCCAGGUUGUGUUCAUCUUUGAUGGUCUGGAUGAGUGUCGACUUCCUCUGGACUUCCACAAAACUACAAUCCUAACUGACCCUAGAAAGUCCACCUCUGUGGAUGUGUUGCUGACAAACCUCAUCAGGGGGAAACUCUUUCCCUCUGCUCGCCUCUGGAUAACCACACGACCUGCAGCAGCCAGUCAGAUCCCUCCUGAGUUUGUUGACAUGGUGACAGAGGUCAGAGGGUUCACUGACCCUCAGAAGGAGGAGUACUUCAGGAAGAGAUUCAGAGAUGAGGAGCAAGCCAGCAGCAUCAUCUCCCACAUCAAGACAUCAAGAAGCCUCCACAUCAUGUGCCACAUCCCAGUCUUCUGCUGGAUCACUGCUACAAUUCUGGAGGAUGUGCUGAAAACUGGAAAGGGAGGAGAGCUGCCCAAGACCCUGACUGAGAUGUACAUCCACUUCCUGGUGGUUCAGGCCAAAGUGAAGAAGGUCAAGUAUGAUGGAGGAGUUGAAACUGAUCCACACUGGAAUAAAAAGAGCAGGAAAAUGAUUAAAUCUCUGGGAAAACUGGCUUUUGAUCAGCUGCAGAAAGGAAACCUGAUCUUCUAUGAAUCAGACCUGACAGAGUGUGGCAUCGAUAUCAGAGCAGCCUCAGUGUACUCAGGAGUGUUCACACAGAUCUUUAAAGAGGAGAGAGGGCUGUACCAGGACAUGGUGUUCUGCUUCAUCCAUCUGAGUGUUCAGGAGUUUCUGGCUGCUCUUCAUGUCCAUCUGACCUUCAUCAACUCUGGAGUCAAUCUGCUGGAAGAACAACAAACAACCUCCAAGAAGUCUAAAAGAAGAAAAUCUGCAGAGAUAUUCUUCUACCAGAGUGCUGUGAACAAGGCCUUACAGAGUCCAAAUGGGCACCUGGACUUGUUCCUCCGCUUCCUCCUGGGUCUUUCACUGCAGACCAAUCAGACUCUCCUACGAGGCCUGCUGACACAGACAGGAAGUAAGCAGUGGAUCAGUUGUACCACAAUUCUUUACAUCCACAGGAAGAUCAGUGAGAAUCUGUCUGCAGAGAAAAGCAUCAAUCUGUUCCACUGUCUGAAGGAACUGAAUGAUCGUUCUCUAGAGGAGGAGAUCCAACAGUCCCUGAGUUUAGGACUUCUCUCCACAAGAAAAUUGUCUUCUACUCAGUGGUCAGCUCUGGUCUUCAUCUUACUGUCAUCAGAAGAAGAUCUGGAUGUGUUUGACCUGCAGAAAUACUCUGCUUCAGAGGAGGCUCUGCUGAGGCUGCUGCCAGUGGUCAAAGCCUCCAACAAAGCUCUGUUGAACUGCUGUAACUUGUCAGAGAGAGGCUUUGAAGCUCUGUCCUCAGUUCUCAGCUCCCAGUCAUCUUGUCUGAGACAGCUGGACCUGACUAAUAGCAACCUGCAGGAUUCAGAAGUGAAGAUUCUGUCUGCUGGACUCAAGAGUCCAAACUGUAAACUGAAUACUCUGAGACUGAGUCUCUGUAAUUUGUCAGAGAGAAGCUAUGAAGCUCUGUCAUCAGUUCUCAGCUCCCAGUCCUCUAGUCUGAGAGAGCUGGACCUGAGUAACAACAAUCUGCAGGAUUCAGAAGUGAAGCUUCUGUCUGUUGGAAUAAAGAGUCUGCACUGUACACUGGAAACUCUCAGGCUGUCAGGUUGUCUGAUCACAGAGGAAAGCUGUACUUCUCUGGCCUCAGCUCUAAGCUCCAACCCCUCUCAUUUGAGAGAACUGGACCUGAGCUACAAUCAUCCAGGAGACUCCGGAAUUAAGCUGCUUUCUGCCGGGCUGAAGGAUCCAUGCUGGAGAUUGGACACUCUCAGGGUGGAGCCUGCUGGAGUGCGAUGGUUGAGCCCAGGUCUGAGGAAGUAUUCCUGUCAACUCACAAUCGACACAAACACAGUACACAGGAACCUACAACUGUCUGACAACAGGAAGGUGACAUAUGUGAAGGAGGUUCAGUCAUAUCCUGAUCAUCCAGACAGAUUUGAUGGAUAUUUUCAGCUGCUGUGUAGAGAUGGUCUGACUGGUCGCUGUUACUGGGAGGUCGAGUGGAGAGGAGAUGUUUAUAUAUCAGUGAGUUACAGAAGAAUCAGAAGGAAAGGAGACAGUGAAGACUGCUGGUUUGGACACAAUGAUCAGUCCUGGAGUCUGUGCUGCACUGAUGAUGGUCCUCGUUCCGUCUGUCACAAUAAGAGAAACACAUUCAUCUCCUCCUCAUCCCCCUCUUCCUCCUCUUCCUCCGUCUCUAACAGAGUAGCAGUGUAUGUGGACUGUCCUGCUGACACUCUGUCCUUCUACAGAGUCUCCUCUGACACUUUGAUCCACCUCCACACGGUCAACACCACAUUCACUGAACCUCUUUAUCCUGGGUUUGGAGUUGGUUGUGCUCCUCCUGAUUCCUCAGUGUCUCUGUGCUGAGCUGAGCGUCCUACUGUUAGAGAAACACUCUGACUGUUGAACAGAUAGUUCAGUCUGUACAUGUCUGUUUCUUUCACUCGCAAA